CAGCUCGAUUGGCAAAUACACACCAGCUCUUGCCAGAGUCACUGAGAAGGGAUGAAGAUAAAAUCACAGAAAUAGAGAUAACACUUCGGAGGGAUUUUUACUACCUCGGCAAGAUAGGAUUUUCUUUAGUUGGAUAUAUAAACGCACUCAGUUUGUUUCCAUUAUAUUCAACCCCUCGUGGCCACUGCUAUUUAACAGCGAUAAUUCAUGGGAACCUGUCUCACUGAACACCGACUGAAAACGCGAGGAGUUGCAAAAACAUCUAGAUGUCUCGGAUGCUCUACCGUAAGGACUGUUCUCUGCCCAAUUUUCCCGAAACACAGCUGUUAUGAUCUCCAAUGGAUUUUACCAUUUGAACUAAAUCUUCAAAGAUGGGAAACAUCUUUCAUCGUUCCAGCCGAAUUACUGACCCGGUGGCAGCAUGGAAACAACAGAAUAGAGAAUUUCCAGUGCACCCAUUAUAUACCUUAGUAAACUUCAACAAUGGAGGAAAACUUCUGGAUGCGUACAAUAAGGGAGGGAGAGAUAAAUUGAUACAAGCUUUAAAGGAACAUGUGGAACCUUUGCUUUAUAACCGAGGCAAGGGAGGUAUUAUCAGCAAAACGGAAUAUCUUCGUUGGCGAUAUCAAACUCGCCUGAGACUGUUGGAUACAAAUAAGGCAAUGCCUUUAAAAACAGAUGAAGAACUUCUUUCAGAAUAUCGCGAAGAUAAAUAUCAAAAGUUUACAGAACAUGAAGCUUGUUGGAGCCUGAACGCUCGUGGUCCCAUGGGGGAAACAGCUUUGCACAUUUGUUUCCUUCUAAAUACUCCGGUUCACAUACAAAUAGCACAUAUUAUGAUUGAAAUUUACCCCAAACUGGUUCUCGAUGUCUAUGAAGGAACUGAAUAUUUUGGUGAAAGUUGCUUACACAUUGCUGUUGUUAAUGGUAACCUAAAAUCUGUUCGGUUUUUGAUUUCCAAAAACAUAAAUGUUAACCAGAGAGCAACAGGUAUAUUUUUCUUACCUGCUGAUCAAGUAGGAUGGCGCAAAAAAGAAACUGAUUUUAAAGGGUUGGCUCACUAUGGGGAAUACCCGCUUGCAUUCGCUGCCUGCCAUGAACACUAUGAGAUUUACGACUACCUCAUGAAUUAUGGUGCUAACCCAAACUUUCAAGAUAGUUUUGGUAAUACAGUGUUGCACUUGGUUGUUAUUACUAACAGAGUGGACUUUUAUAAAUAUGCUGUGAAGCAUAUGACCAUUCCUGGAGACACAACAAUUACCAAUAUCUAUGAUCUAACACCUCUUGCUCUGGCCUGUAAACUAGGACGACCAGAAAUAUUUCAUGUGAUGCUUGAAUUAAGUGCAAUCGAACUAUGGCGUUACAGCAAUAUCACUUGCUCUGUUUAUCCAAUUGCAAACCUGGACACUGUUGACCCAGACGGAGUAACGUCAUGGACAACAGCUUUAAACCUCAUCCUUGAUGGUGAGACUGACGAGCAUCUUGAUAUGAUGGAAGGUAAAGUUAUUAAACAAUUACUAGAUGAAAAAUGGAAAACCUUUGCUCAGAGAGGAUUUUUCAAAUUACUAGUUUUCGCCUUCUUACACCUGGUUCUCUUGAGUAUCGCUGUGUACACACGACCUAUUAGUGGUUUUCUUCAAUAUAGAGGUGCAAUAGAUGCUGUUCGAUUCAUUUGCGAGAUAAUUGUCUGUAUACUCUGUGUUCUUGUGCUGUCAUUAAGUGCAAAAGAUUUGUACCAACUUGGAAUAAAAGGUUUCCUGAAAAAUUCUUCUCAUGCUCCAUCAAAGACCAUAUUUGUCAUGUGCUGUUUGCUGACACUGUUGUGCAUCCCACUGAGGUUUGCAAAGCUAGAAGGUGCAGAAGAUUUCCUUAUGAUUAUUGCUGUCCCUGGUUCGUGGUGUGUUUUACUGUUUUUUGCUCGUGGUAUGGUUCUAACGGGACCAUUUGUGACGAUGGUAUAUAAAAUGAUAAUUGGGGAUGUCUUUCGUUUCGUUAUCAUAUAUCUUAUUAUGGUUGGAGCUUUUGCACAAGCGUUUUUCUUUCUAUUUCGGGAUAUCGAUGAUUCAAGCAUAACCACCUUCAGGGAUCUGGUUGCAACCAUAAUCAAUCUAUUUCAGAUGACUCUUGGAGAAUUUUCGUAUGAUCACAUGAACCAAGCUCACUACUCCACGUUAACCAAACUCCUUUUUAUAGUUUUUAUGAUCCUUAUUCCAAUACUUUUACUCAAUAUGUUGAUUGCUAUGAUGGGAAACACAUACCAGUCUGUCAUCAACAAGGCUGAGAUUGAAUGGAAAAAGCAGUGGGCAAAAACAAUAUCUGUUUUGGAACGAAGUUAUUCAGAGAAAGAACUGAGAGAAUUUCAAGAAGAAUUUUCCAUUCCAAUAACAAAAAGUGGAGAAAGUGGAGAGUCAUCGAGGCCACCCAGGGGUCUUAUGGUAAUCAAGGUUUCAAAUAAGACAAGGGCUACACAGCGAAAGGGAGCAUUAUCCAACUGGAAGUAUUAUGGAAAAGAAAUAAUUAAGCAAGUAAAAGAACACUUGAAGAAAAAUACAAAGGAACCAAUGGUUAUUCAAGAAAUGAAGAAGAAGAUGUAUAUUAAAGACAUGGAUGGCAAAUUUGUUUUGGCAUCAGAAAAGAUACCGAGCUUUAUACGGGAUGAUCUGGACUUUUUAAACCAUCUCCCGAACAAAACCAGCAAGGACUUCUUCCUGGUUUCAUUCGAUGUAAUAAACCUCUACACCUCGAUUCCUCACGAAUACGGAUUAAUAGCCAUACAAUACUGGCUGGAAAAAUUCCCACAUGACAUUCCUGACCGAAUCGGAAAAGAAUUCAUCAUUGAAGAAAUAAAAUUCAUCCUACAGAACAACUUCUUCAAUUUCAAUGAAAACACUUAUAGACAAAAAUCGGGCACGGCUAUGGGAACGAGGGUAGCGCCUACUUUUGCGAACCUUGUCAUGGCAUACUUGGAAGUCCAGAUAUACGAACACACUAGAUUGAAAUUUGGAGACAACUUCCAAAAAUACUUACUCACCAACUGA